AUGGGUUUGGUAAUCGGAGUGGACCCCGGAUCCUCAUCCUUGCGAGGCGCUGUGCGCAAAUCCGGCGCGUAUGUUGUAUUCUACGAGCAACCAUCUGCUAUUGGAUUGAACAAUAGAAAGUGGGUACACGGCCAUGAAGCUAUUCUGCACUCCGGUAGAUUACCCGAGCAAGUUGUUUUCAACCUCAAGCAAUUCAAGAACCCGGAGUUCUGGAAGUCAAUGAUGGGACCCAAGCAUAACUUCCCUCACCUUAUUAACAAAGGUCCCGAAGGCUUGAGCAUUCCCUUGGCUUUGGGCGGUUCAGUACGCGAAUGGACCAUCCCGGAACUUGAAGCACGUCUGUUAGGUGCAGUGACGCAAAAGGCAAAGACCCUCUGUCAUACGCCUGCAACUGAUGCUGUGAUUGCUGUUCCCGAUAACGCUUCUGACGACGAAGUCGAAUCUAUUGUUAGAUCCGCUAUGCUGUGUGAUCUCAAUGUGAAGCCGAUGCGCGAGCUGGAGCUUGCUGUCAUUGCUCAUGGAUUGGACAAGGGCUUAGGGGACAGGCUUGUGGCCGUGGUCCACGUUGGGCAAACGCUCACGAUGUCGCUUGUGCGGAUCAAGGAUCACGACAUGUACGUCGAGGAGUUCGUCUUGCACGACGAGAAAUUAUGUGGCAAUGAUGUGGAUGAACGAUUGCUUGAAACCCUCGCUCCCGGUGUGCAGACGGCGAUUUGGGACAAAUUGAAUGACGACCCUUUGCUGUUGAAAGGGCUUUCGAAAACUACGCCCAAGAAGGCCACGGAAAAGAAAGGGGGGGAAGAGGUAAAGAGGGAGAACAGAUUGCAGCUUCAUCGCGACAAGCAGUUCGUCCGGCGGAGAUUAUUGAACAUCUUGAACAGUGGCAAGAAAAAGUUAGCAAAGAAGGAUACCCACCAUGUCGAGGUGACGUUGCACAAACGUACCUUUAUGGGUAAAGUUUUGAAAAAAAAGUAUGAAGAAGUUUGUCAAAAGGCGUCCAGACGUAUCAUUGAGAAGGUGAACGAGCAGUUUGAAGACGAACACCUGGCCUCUAGUGACAAGCACAAGAAACUGGACCUCUUUGCUGCUGUGAUCUUGGGUGGGCUCUUCAACGUCCCUGUUGUGAAGGAAUCGCUCUUGGAAUGCUUCAAGGACGUCCCGAAGCUUUAUGAUGAUUGCCCAGAGCAUACAAUCGUGCUUGGCGGCGCGAUGCAUGGUGAGAAAAUCACUGAUGGUGGUACUAUCCCCAUCCCCCCCUUUCCCUUUUCCGCACCCGACGAAGGCAGCUCAGUCUAG